AUGGCGCAGAGUGCGGAGCAGGUGCUCGCUAGCAUCGAGGCAGCGGGUGGUCACAUCCAGGAUUCGCGCUCGCUUGCUCCCACACAGCCGCUCUCGCUGGAGGAGCAGGCGGAGCGUAUUUUGCGGAGUACCAGUGAUGCCCAGGACCAGGAAGAUCUGCAGGCCGAGGAGGCAGCGCACAAGGCGGCCGCGGCGUGGCAGCUGUCGCUGCAGGGUGUGCUUCUUUCGCUGCAGAGCAAGGAGAUGAUUGAGUUCCGGAGUAUGGAUCACCAGCCCGUGUUCCUGACGCUGGAUGGCCGUCAAACGGUGCGCCUGGGCUCGCCUGAGUACCGUCUGUGGACGCUGCUGCCUGAGUCGGGCGAGGGGCGUGCGCAGCAGGAUUUGGAGGCGCAGCUGGGGAAGGAUACGUUCAAGCUGGCACAGUCGCGCGCGUUCCGCAACAAGAUGGCGCGCCGCCUGCCUGACGGAAGCUUUGCGCGUGCCGAGGCCAUGCUGGGACAGGCGCUGGAGGAUGAGACGCGUGCCGAGCUGCUGGAGGUGGCCAGGACCGGCACUUUGCGGGGAGACGGCGCGGACAAGAAGCUCGCUGAGCUGAAGAAGCGCAAGAUGAUCGGCCAGCGGAAGUGGCUGACGUUUUCGAUGAGCAAGGGGCCUCAGUUUGCGCUGACGGUCCAGAAGCUCGAGACGGAUUUGACGGCCGAUAUGCUCGCUUCCGGUGCAUGGAAAAAGGCAGCGUUCAAAAAGUACAACUUUGAUGCAGAGGGCGUGCUGCCGCCGUCGGGUGCGCUGCAUCCGCUGCUCAAGGUGCGCGAAGAGUUCCGACACAUUUUCUUCGAUAUGGGCUUCUCCGAAAUGCCGACGAAUCGCUUCGUCGACUCGAGUUUCUGGUGCUUUGACUCGAUCUUUGUGCCGCAGCAGCACCCUGCGCGCGAUGUGCAGGACACAUUCUUUGUCGCGGAUCCGCCAGCGGCCGCCGAGGUGCCAGAAGACUACCUGAGGCGAGUUGUGCAGGUGCACGAGAAGGGCGACUUUGGGUCCAUUGGCUACAGGUACCCAUUUGACCGCAGUGUGACGGAGAAGCUGGUGCUGCGUACGCACACGACGGCCGUGUCGUCGGCGAUGCUCUAUGCGAUCGCGAACCAGCCGGGCGGCUUCCAGCCCGCCAAGCUCUUCUCCAUCGACCGCGUGUUCCGGAACGAGGCGGUGGAUGCGACCCAUCUCGCCGAAUUCCACCAGGUCGAGGGCGUCGUGGCCGACUAUGGCAUCACGCUGGGUGACCUCAUUGGCUUCAUGCAGGUCUUCUUCUCCAAGAUGGGCGUCAAGAACCUGCGCUUCAAGCCGGCGUACAACCCCUACACGGAGCCGAGUCUCGAAAUCUUUUCAUAUCACGAAGGCCUGCGAAAGUGGGUCGAGAUCGGCAAUAGCGGCAUGUUCCGCCCUGAAAUGCUGCGUCCUAUGGGCCUGCCCGAGAAUGUCAAUGUCCUUGGCUGGGGCCUGAGUCUCGAGCGCCCCACGAUGAUCCGCUACGGCAUCAAGGACAUCCGCCACCUCGUCGGACACAAGGUGCCCCUGGACAGUGUGGAACGAGCGCCGGCGGUGCGGUUUUAA